AUGGCGGGUGCCGACCAGAAAUCAUUCCUGGGGUCCUUUUCUCCUUGGAGUACCCCGAAAAGCUCCACCCCUCAUUUAGAUCGACCAGGAGCAGAUGCCCUGCAGCGCUCGCAGGGGGAAGACCACACCGUCACUCAUCGACACAGGCUGAGUCUGCGUCAUUACCCCUCCGAUUGCCCGCCGCUUAAAGUGAGAUGGUUCUAUGCAGUGGAUUCGCCAAAACGCAAGCCUGCCCUUCUCGACCCCAAAAAACCCGAUCAGAAACUACCACCCCCACCUAAGAAGUUCAUACCCUUCUCAUUGAAAGACUCGCAGUCUAUUGAGAAUACGUAUAUCCAAUUGUCGGAAAUUGAAGACUCCAAGGGAAGCGCCCAAGCUCAAGCCAACUCCUCAAAUCCAGUCUCAAAGAAAGUACCCGUGAAUGAGGAUUACUUGUUUGACGUGGACGUGGAAGAACGAGAACUAGGGCCGGCUUAUUGGAUCGGCCCCAUCUACGAGGUUCGUCGUGGAACGUGGUUUUUUCAAGAUGGCUCCAACUUGAAACCCUGUGAAGAGAAUCUUGCAACCCAACUCGAAGAAGGCUACCUGAAAUUACGUCCGUGGCGGACAGAAGUGGAGGCCAAAUCAUCCGAGCUGGCCACCAAAGAUGGACAGGCUCGAUCGGAGGGGGAAAUAAACCCUCAUGAUUCCCACCCUGAUUUCGGCAGCCAAGAACCAACCAAGCCAGUCCCUCAGACCACUGGAAAUGAACCCUCAUCCGGACCUACCUCUGAUUCCCAGCAGUACCGCCUUUUUGGAGCCUACAUGAAUAGGAUUGUUGUCUACCAAGACGCUUCUACAGCCUGGAUCAACACCGACGACUUUAUGUCACGCGUCAGCACGACCGUGUACCAAAAGCUAGGCGGUGUUCCCGGCACAAGAGUCGUGCGUGGCUUGGUGGAACCUAAACGGGUAAGAGAUAAAGUAGACUCUCAGGGCCAAGAACGAAAGCCCACCGAAAAACCGACUAGUAGCACCAGUUCUGCGCCCUCAGCCAUGAAAAUUGUUCAGGACAUAGGGCAGGAUCCGGCAGAGACGCAAUCUGCGAGAAAUGUGGUCGAAGCCGAUCCCUUUGAGAGGCGGCCCAAGUCUACACUGGAACGACAGAUGUCAUCUCUUGCAGGGGAACCGCAAAACCCAGCGGAACUCGAGGAACAAGCCCGCCGACAGGAAGAACAGGAGAUGGAAGACCUGAGAGAGAUCGACGGUGAAGAUAGAGAGAGGGAGGUGGACCAUUUGGUCUUGGUAACUCAUGGUAUCGGCCAGCGACUUGGAUUGCGGCUGGAAAGCAUUAACUUCAUUCAUGACGUGAAUGUUCUUCGGAAGACGCUGAAGGGGGUUUACAAAGCUUCGCCUGACCUUCAAGCACUAAACUCGGCGUUUGGAGAUAGUAAUGGCAAUUGCCGCGUUCAAGUGCUUCCCGUAUGCUGGCGCCAUCUCCUAGAUUUUCCUUAUCGUGGGGUUCGACAGAAUCGGAAGGAACUUGAUCUUACAGAUGCCGACACGCUCGAGGAUGAUGCGUACCCUAGCCUGGCGGAUAUCACAUUGGAAAGUGUGCCUGCGGUGCGAAAUCUUAUCUCAGAUCUGGCAAUGGAUGUUCUCCUUUAUCAGAGCGGAUACUGUGAACACAUUUCCAACAUUGUGAAACAAGAAUGCAAUCGCAUUAUUCAUCUCUAUAAGAAGCGUAAUCCCUCUUUUAAGGGAUCGAUCAGCCUUUGCGGUCAUUCUCUUGGAAGUGCCAUCCUAUUCGAUAUUUUAUGCCGCCAACCAAGUGAUGUUAGCGGCAACCAAGAGAACAAUGGUCGGGCAAAGGAGAGCGAAGAUGCCCCUGAUGGACGAGGCGGAGGAUCUAGCGCCUUGGAUUUUGAAUGUGAGGAGUUCUUUUGCCUCGGGUCUCCCAUAGCUCUCUUUCAAAUGUUGAAAGGAAAGACCAUUGCUGGAUAUUCCCCCUUGGGUGCAGGAAAUCGGAAAAGUGCAUUGGAUGUGGAACUUGGAUCCAACGCCUUUGGGUCGAUCAAGGGCUCUAAACGCGACUCACGCGUUGAUGAUCAGACUGACAGCUCCGCGAUCGAUUCUGCCCCCAAAUGUCGCGAUCUUUACAACAUUUUUCACCCAUCGGAUCCCGUGAGUUAUCGUAUCGAGCCGCUGGUCUCCCCAGCGAUGGCAAGUCUCAAGCCCCAACCCCUGCCGUCAGUAAAGAAAAGUCUGUGGACUGCAUCAGGCCAAAGCCUUUCAAUUCUCAAAGAUCGCAUGGGUCAAAGUGUGGGAUCUCUCUGGAGCAAUUUCACGUCCGGUGUUGCAAGCAGCUUGUUGAACCGCCAUUUGGGGUUGAAUGCCGAUGAAGUCCCCGCUGCCGGUAAAUCACCUGGCAGUCAACCGGGGCACAAGCACACCCAGUCUGGAACCCCACAGGACCCCGAAGACCAGUUCCAGACUUUGAUCGACCCUGACCUCGAGACUUUGUACGAUGGGUUUCAAAAGAGGCGCAAUACGCAGAAAGACUCGACGCGUGCAGGCGAAAUUGAUGAUAUCAACCCUGAUGAACAAGAGCGAAAGAUGAAAUUUGAAGAUGCCAAAGUGCGAUCACUGAACUCCAAUGGUCGCAUUGAUUAUAGUGUGCAAGAAGGGGCAUUUGACAUCUCCUUAAUUGCGAGUAUUGCCAGCCACCUCACUUAUUGGGGAGAUGAAGACGUCAAUCACUUCAUCUUAUCCCAGAUGUUGUCGAGACAAUCCCGGCAUCGGAGAAAGCGCACGUAG